UCGGUGCAGAGGCUUCCGCUCAUGCCCAGUUGUGUGCGCAGUGGCGACCGCAGCGGCUGUCAUGGCGUCCCGGUGCGUGCGGCUGGCGCGGCGUAGUCUCCCCGCUUUGGCGUUCUCUCUCAGGCCUUCUCCUCGGUUGUUAUGCACAGCUACAAAACAAAAGAACAAUGGCCAGAACCUUGAAGAGGACAUGGGUCACAGUGAAUCCAAGACAGAUCCACCCCCUACAGAUAAGAUUCUUGUGGAAGAGAAGGUCAAGUUGGAAGAGCAGCUAAGAGAGACAGUGGAGAAAUAUAAACGAGCUUUGGCAGACACUGAGAACCUGCGGCAGAGGAGCCAGAAGCUGGUGGAGGAGGCAAAGUUAUAUGGCAUUCAGGGUUUCUGCAAGGACUUGCUGGAGGUUGCAGACAUCCUGGAGAAGGCAACCCAGAGUGUUCCAAGAGAAGAGAUCAGUGACGACAACCCUCACCUUAAGAAUCUGUAUGAAGGGCUGGUGAUGACUGAAGUGCAGAUUCAGAAGGUGUUCUCAAAGCACGGCUUGCUCCGGCUGGACCCUGUCGGAGCCAAGUUUGACCCUUAUGAACAUGAAGCCUUGUUCCACACACCAGUGGAGGGGAAAGAGCCAGGCACAGUGGCACUGGUUAGCAAGGUGGGCUACAAGCUGCAUGGCCGCACCUUGAGGCCUGCGCUGGUGGGGGUGGUAAAGGAAGCCUAGCCACCUCCCACAGGUCUUUGGACUUAGGUCACUUGCUAGAACUCUUGAAAGGUGGGUUUCUCUUUUGUCACAUUUGACCUUUACCCAGCCUUGUGGAAGCAUAAGUAAGCUAAACUGGAAAUGAAGCCACUGUUCAGGAACUCUUGAUUCUGGAGCCUGGUCACUGAGUCUUAGUACCCUAAUAGGUCCAUGUACUUCAGAAGACAGGGUCUCUGGAGUGGUGUGACUAACACUGUUCAAACUGCUGAUUGCAGUGUAUUUUACACAAAUAAAAUGUGUGGGAAUUUGGCUACCACAUCUGUA